ACGUGUUCAGUGAGGAGAAGUGUGAGAAGUGGGACACACCGUACGGGCUGCAGCUGUCCUGGCGGGUUGGCAUGAGGAAGAUGCCGUUCAACAUCCACCUUAAGGACAACUCAAGGGUUCGAGCUAAAAAGAGGUGGAGCCAAGUGAUGUACAUGUCGUAUAUCCUAGACUACCUGUCCACCUACAACCCCCUCGGUAUGACGUCAGGAGCCAUAGAAGAUGACGACAUCAAGGCCUCGUCUCCAAAGAAGGGCAGUCUGUUUAUGACGUCAGCCGGACCGCAAAGGGCUCGACUCAACAGUCCUUACGGGUGGACAGCAGCGAGUGAUGACCUUCAGCCAUACAUUCAAGUGGACUUGGGCGAGACCAAGAUGGUGACGGGGGUGGUUACCCAGGGUAGACCUGGAGAGGACCAGUGGGUAAGAUCCUACACGAUCCAGUACCAGGGCAAGGUUGUGGGCAGCAUCGGUAGGCUGGGUACCACCAGCGUGAAAUGGGACACUUACAGUGAGGGGAUCGACGGCGAACCGACGGUCUUUACUGGCAACAGCGACAGUGAUACACCUGUUAAACAAUAUCUCAAGAAACCGAUCUGCACACGUUACCUCAAGAUCUGUCCGACCCCUAGCGACUGGCAUAAUGCCUGCAGCAUGCGGCUGGAAAUCCUUGGAUACAAUCCGGAGGACAAACUGGACAACACCUACCUGCUGGUGACAGACGCUGACGUCAAGUUUAACCCUGACGCCGCCAAGGCCCUACUGGACAUCACGGCACGUGACCCUGCCGUGGGGGCCGUGUGCGCUCGUACCCAUCCCCUGGGAACGGGAGCUGUGGCGUGGUACCAGAUCUUCGACUACGCCAUUGGACAUUGGCUUAACAAGUGUGCCAACAAUGUGCUGGGUACGGUCCUCUGCUGCCCCGGAUGUUUCAGUGUUUACCGGGCUAAAGCCGUGAAGAACACCCUCCCCACGUACUGUACACACGUCACCAAGGCUAACGAGUUUCUCAUCAAGGACAUGGGAGAAGAUAGAUGGCUCUGUACCCUCAUGGUUGAAAAUGGCUGGAAACUUGAGUACUCUGCCGUGUCUGAAGACUCCACCUUCUGUCCUGAAACCUUUGACGAGUUCUUCAAACAGCGCCGCCGGUGGCUGCCCUCGACCGUAGCCAACCUGGUCCUGAUGAUCCAGAAGUGGCAGACGAUGGUCAAGAACAACUCCAACAUCUCCCGCCUUUUCAUCCUGUACCAGCUGCUGUUGCUCUUCUCAACGCUGAUUGGUCCAGGGACGUGUUGCCUGCUUGUGUCUGGUGGGCUGAACUACGCCUAUAACGUGAGCGUCACGGUGUCCAUGGUACUUCUCGUCUUGACAUCUGUGGCUUAUGCUAUGAUCUGCCUCUACACCUCUCAGAAUUUCCAACUACAGGUGGCUCAAGUUUUGACCUUUGUCUUCGCCAUCGUGAUGGCUGCAGUAACAGUGGGAACCGCAAGGGAAGUUGUGGAGGGCCUAUCUGGUCCACCACCUCUGCCGACAGAUGUUCCAACUAUGCCCCCCGAUACACUGGUGCUACCUGUUCCCGUCAGUACCAUAUACUUUCUCACCAUCAUCGCCAUCUUCAUCGUUACGGCCCUCCUGCAUCCUACCGAGUUCUUCUGUCUCAUCCACGGCAUCUGGUACCUGUUCUGUCUGCCUUCAGGCUACCUGCUGCUCACCAUCUACAGCAUCUGUAACCUUAACGACAGGAGCUGGGGUACACGUGAAGGAAAAACAGUCGGAAGUGGAAAGAGUUGGACAGAAAUCUGGUGGAGUUUUGUGGACGCCAUGAGGAGGUGCUGUAACUGCGGACCAACACAGGAGGUGGACGAACCAAACGUAGAGGAGAUCCAGCCGGAUCCUCCAACAACAACACAGGCUAGACCUCCAUCUUCCCCAUUAGUGGAAGACCAAGAGGAAGAGCAAGAGGAGGAUGAAAAACCAAAGAGGAAGAAAGGUCUUGGGGCAGUGGCCUUCAAUUUUGGACGAAAAGGAAGUGGAAAGGCUGGACCAAGUGCUAGACGAGUACAGAAGUCAGGAUGGUUUAAGCCACGUACCGGUCAAAGUCUUGCAAGGAGAGCCACCAGAAAGCAAUCUGCAUGGAGGAGGAGCCUGUUGGAUACCGACAAACUGUCUACUGCUAUGUGGCUUCCUGGAGAGUUCAAGGAUCGCUACUUGAACUGUUUUCUCCAACAUGGCUAUGACGACACCACAUUCAUCGCAGGAAUGUCAGAUGGGGAUUUGGAGUCUAUCGGGGUGACGAAGAUCCACCGUCCCGCCCUUCUGAGGGAGAUCGACAAACUGUCAGAGUAUCAAAUCGACAUCAAAGUGCCGGAAACAGUGGAAGAAUGGCUGGAUAUGAUUGGUCUGGAGAAGUACAAUGACAAGUUUGUGUAUGAGGGUUAUGACGUCACAAGUCUUGUCAACAUCGAGGAACAACAGAUACGCGAAAAUCUGGGCAUCACUAAAGCCGCACACGUGAAACGUAUGCUGAUUGCCCUAAGCAAACUGCGCCAUCCAAGUGAACUGGAUGAACGAAUCGACAAAGUGAAGAAAGUGGUGAGCAAGCUGACAACACAGAAAAUGGAGAACGUGUCCCAGGAUCACGUGCGGUACAGGGAGAACAGGUUCUGGGCUAAACUGAGGAAUAAGUGUAUAAAGCAGGACUACGGAGUGUUCAGUCAGAACGUGGGGCUGAAGGAACAGCUGGAGGAGCUGAGGAACUCCUGGCUUAUCAUCCUGGCGGUGUCCAACGCGCUUUGGCUAACCUUGAUCUUGACCUUGGCCCAACAGGCUAACCUGCAGCUCCUGGGGACGAAUCCACUUGGCCUGGUCUUCCUCUCUGUCUUUGGCUGCAUCAUCGUUAUCCAGUUCCUGGCCAUGUUGGUACACCGAGUGUGGUCCCUCAUGCAUCUACUGGCCAGGGUCAAGUAUCCGUGGCAGCGGCUAGAAGAGGACAUGACCGUCCCUACUCCCGAGUCACGAGCUACAGACGGGCAGACAACAAAGGCGGGGGGUGAAAAGGCGCGGAUGAACACCAUUGACGAAACGGCUGAAGAGGUGUACGACAACCCGAUGGUUGAGGUUGAUGACCAACCUAUAUAUGAUGAUCCUAACACUCUGUAAUGGUGUGCACAAGUUCAUAGUACAAUUCUAAAAAUGAAUUGAUUGUUUUAGGACUGUUUCUUUUUUUCGUGUGGGGGGGGGGUAACAUUUUUAUCAAAUUAUUGCGCUGUAAUCAAAUUUAACCUAUAUAAUUUGUAUGUAGAGUAUUUCUUAAUCGUAUGACUACAGUAUGUUUUAUGACUACAGUAUGUCAGUAUUAAAGUAACGCGGAAAUGUUUGAAAUCCCACCAUAGAUAACCAUGUAUAUGCGUGUUAUUCCAUAGUACAUAAUCUUAUAUAGUU